UUUAUCUCAUCACCAAACAAAAUAUUCAAAUCUCACAAACACAUACUAAAUAAAAUCAUCUUGAGAGACAAUAAACAGAAUGACACUUCUUCACCUGUCUCUCUCCCUGUUCUCAUGUCUCUUCCUUGUCCUAGCUUCGACCUCCGUUGCAUCCUCUCAUGUCUCUGACCCUGAACUCGUAGUUCAAGAAGUUAACCAUCAGAUAAAUGCUUCGAGGAGGAAUCUUGGUGUCCUCUCAUGUGGGACCGGAAAUCCAAUCGACGACUGUUGGAGAUGCGACCCGAAAUGGGAGAAAAACCGACAACGACUAGCUGACUGCGCCAUUGGGUUCGGCAAACACGCAAUAGGCGGCCGUGACGGCAAAAUAUACGUGGUGACCGACCCCAGCGACAAAGACGCGGUUAACCCCAAACCGGGAACCCUAAGACACGCAGUGAUCCAGGAAGAACCGCUCUGGAUCAUCUUCGCACGUGACAUGGUCAUAAAGCUAAAAGAAGAGCUGAUCAUGAACUCCUUCAAGACCAUAGAUGGACGUGGAGCGAGCAUCCACAUCGCUGGCGGCGCGUGCAUCACUGUCCAGUACGUGACCAACGUCAUCGUCCACGGCAUAAGCAUCCACGACUGCAAGAAGAGAGGCAAUGCAUACGUCAGAGAUUCACCGUCGCAUUACGGGUGGAGGACCGCGUCUGAUGGUGACGCGGUCUCUAUUUUCGGUGGGUCCCACGUGUGGGUAGACCAUUGCUCGUUGUCGAACUGUGCGGACGGUCUGGUCGACGUGAUCCAUGGGUCAACGGCUAUAACGAUCUCUAAUAACUACUUGACGCACCACGACAAAGUGAUGCUUUUGGGACACAGUGAUUCGUACACGAGAGACAAGAACAUGCAAGUUACCGUUGCUUUUAAUCAUUUUGGUGAAGGGCUUGUUCAGAGAAUGCCCAGAUGUAGACAUGGAUAUUUUCAUGUGGUAAAUAACGAUUAUACGCAUUGGAAAAUGUAUGCAAUUGGUGGGAGUGCGGCUCCAACGAUUAACAGUCAAGGCAAUAGAUUUCUUGCUCCAAAUGACAAAGCCUUUAAAGAGGUGACUAAAUACGAAGAUGCACCACAAAGCAAAUGGAAAAAUUGGAACUGGAGAUCAGAAGGCGACUUGUUCUUAAACGGUGCGUUCUUCACGCCCUCAGGUGGAAGAGCUUCUUCAAGAUACGCAAAAGCUUCUAGUCUGUCUGCUAGACCGUCCUCGUUGGUAGCUUCUGUCACGGGCAAUGCUGGUGCUCUCUCUUGUAAGAAAGGAUCUCGAUGUUAAUCUGAUCCAUCUACUUAAGUUAUAAUGUACCUAAUUAAAUGGAAAGAGGAUGUGCUCGUCCUCCUAUGUCAAUAUUUUGUUGCCCUUUAAUUUUUUAUUAUGGGGAGGGUUAAAGUUGUAAGUUGGAUUUGAUGUGUAUACUAAAGUAUUAUAUGGAUUCCGUUUGGACCAAUGGGUUUCUUUUAAACUUUUUGGAGUAGGGACCAAUGUAUGUUAUGGUGGGGGUUUGUACAAGUGCUGCAAGAUUGUUGGCUAAUUAUUGUCAUAAAUAAAAUCAACAGCUUGAUUA